AAAAAAAAGAUAAUAGUUGACAGUUUUACAAAGCCUGGAGACAGAGAGGUUAUCCCGAAAACUUGCUGUACAUAUUACAGGACUUAGAACAGUGUCAGCCCAAUUCUAGGGGGAUCAUUAAGAGGACCUUUCCCUUUACGUUUUGACAACGUCUCAAGUUGGUGGUCUCAUCGAGAGAUGAUACUUUACCCGGUCAAUUCCUUGGUUCUUCACGGCUUUCCCAUAUUUCAGUCACAUGUUUUGCUGUCUGCAAAGUUUAUCUGGAGUUUUGUUUUGUGAUAUGUCUGUAGUUAUUCAGAGAAGCUGGGAAGACCAUGUAACACAAUGGACAGGGCUUUCUUCUACUAGUUUUGGCUGUGAUACUCUAUGCUGCAAUGGAUUUAAAGAGCACAAUUUAAUGUCAGCUAUGGAAGAACUUGGAAAUUCCACAGAAGAGCAAGAGGAGAAGCUUUUUUUAUCAGACAAUAUAGAUUCACUGGACUGUGGUGGCCUCCUUGGACCCCAGGUAUCCAAAGAACUUGAUGAAAAUGAUAACCUAGAUAUGGAAGAUCAAUGUGCAUCUUCUAAAAUCAACGAAGAAGCUACGUCUUGCUUCUCAAAUAAUGAUGGAGAACAUAACCUAAAGAAUGACAUAUGUCUUCCUUGUCACAAAGAAAGAAACCCACUGGACAGGACCUUAUCAGAGAACAACACUACUGAGGAUUAUGACAAAGAGUGUAAACUUAAUGAUAUGAUUGCUAGUGCGGAAGAGGACAUGCUUGCAGAAGAGAAAAAUAUGGAUGAAAGCAAAAUCAAUGAUUUGGAUGUUUUAAAAGAAAGGUCUAUAAAAGUUUCAGCAAAAGAAAUAAUAGGCGAUGAUAGAGAUUUGGAGGAAAUUGAUUUGCCGGGUAGAGAACAGAUGUUACGUUCUGCUAGAGUUGCACAACAGCGAAGAAAAUCUGAUGUUUCAAUUGAUGGUAAAGGACAAAACAUCUGCAAUGAAGAGUCAGAUGACCCAUCUGACAGUCCAUUUACUUGUGUUUCUUCUCAGCUGGAAACAAAAACGGGGUCUGAAAUUUGCAGUGGGUCUCAUUCUCUUUGCCAAGAAGGGGAUAAUGUUCAGCUUUAUGAUAAUACUACAGGUGAUGGGUUACAUGUUUUAAAAGAAGACUUUCAAGGAGCAAGUUCAAAAGAUAAUGUCCACUGUUUACAACGUAAAGAUAAUAUUUCUGCUUAUGAGGAUAUUUAUGGCCAAGUUAGGCUACGCAGAAAAAAGAAAUUUAGACAAGGUCAGUCAAGACUGGACUCUAUGGUGCUUCUAAUAAUGAAACUAGAUCAGCUGGACAGAGAUAUAGAUAAUGCUCUCUGCUCUUCAUCCUCUCCAUCUCCAUCUUGCAAACAAAUAUUCAAUCAACAACAUCUCCAAGCUGCACAAGCAGUUUUUUGUGCAGGAGAUGUUUCUCCCUCAUGUCACUCAUCAAGGAAUAUAGCUCAGGCAUACACUGCAGAUUGUACAUCAGCUCAGGUAUAUGGCCAUGGAGCUAAACCAAAGAUUUCGGCUCUUCCUGUGAUUUCUGAAAAAGAGAAGGCUGAAAUAGAAGCAAAGGAAGCAUGUGAUUGGCUGCGGGCAGCAGGAUUUCCCCAGUAUGCACAACUUUAUGAAGAUCUUCUAUUUCCCAUCGACAUCUCUGCUGUGAAGAAGGACCAUGAUUUCCUGGAUAGAGAUGCAAUUGAAGCCUUAUGCAGGCGGCUAAACACUCUGAAUAAGUGUGCAGUGAUGAAACUUGAAAUCAGCCCAAACAGAAAAAGGAGUGAAGAUUCAGAUGAAGAUGAGCCUUGUGCAAUCAGUGGUAAAUGGACAUUCCAAAGGGACAGCAAGAGGUGGUCGAGAUUGGAAGAACUUGAUGUGUUUCAGGGACAUAAAGCAUUACUUGGAGAAUCACACCAGCUGGCAAAUGCAGCAAGCCAAGACAGCAUUCUAACAGAUUUAAGUGAACACCAAGAAGUUUCUUCCAUUCACAGUACCAGCAGUGACAGCCAAAGAGCACAUGUUCCCAGUGAGGCCAGCAACACAAGAACAAACUCCGUUGUCAGUGUAUCUUCAUCUGGAAACCUUUUUGCCAAUGAUGACUCAUUUGGUAGCCUUCCAUCACCGAAAGAACUUUCCAGUUUUAAUUUCAACAUCAAAGCAAAUGAAAAGAACUCAAGGUCUAGAACAAAGAGCCUUCUAAAGAGAAUGGAAAGUCUUAAAAUCAAAACGUCUCACAGCAAAAAGAAAUCUCAGGCUAAAACUGGUAUAACAAUAAGUGAACCUAUCUUGCAAGAAGGCGCUGACGACGAUAAGCUAAAACAACUCAACUGUGUGGAAAUUUCUUCUCUGAAUGGGAAUCAUAUAAAUGCCCCAAAAAUCCGUAAGAGGAGUAUAUCAAACUCCACACAGACAAGCAGCAGUAGUAGUCAGUCUGAGACCAGCAGUGCAGUCAGCACCCCCAGUCCAGUUACAAGAACACGAAGCUUAAGCGCAUGCCACAAGAGAGUUGGAAUGUACCUAGAAGGCUUUGAUCCAUUCAACCAAUCAACUUUUAGUGAUGUUCUGGAGCAAAACUUUAAGAACCAGAGUUUUGGUGAGGAUGUUUUUUUUAUUCCUGAUGACCACAAACCUGGAACCUUUCCCAAAGCACUUUCUAAUGGAAAUUUGUCUCCUACGGACAGCAGUUCUUUAAGCUGGAGAAAUGGCAGUUUUCAUGGACAUGACUUCACAAGAGAAAACAGCGUUACCAGCGUCAACAGUUGCAAAAGUUCUUUUAGCAGCAGGAGGCGCAAUUCUUGUUGUUCUGAAGGUAAUCGCUUGAGUAUCUAUGACAAUGUCCCAGGCACUUUUUUGUACUCCAGUAACAGUGAUAUGGCUGAUCUGGAAAGUGAGGAUAUUUUCCCAGAGCUGGAUGACAUCUUAUAUCAUGUAAAAGGAAUGCAGAGGAUAGUCAACCAGUGGACAGAGAAAUUUUAUGAUGAGGGGGAUUCAGAUUCUGCUCUAGACUCUGUGUCUCCUUGCCCUUCUUCUCCAAAGCAGAUCCUUUUAGAUAUUGAUAAUGACUGCAGUGUGCUUAGUGAUCUGGACAGCACUGGGAACUCGCUGAAUGAAUGUGAUGAGACAACAGUAAUCCAAGGAAGGAGGGAUUCUGGAGUGGCAUCCUUGACCCGAUCCAACAGGCAUCGAUUUAGAUGGCAUAGCUUCCAAAGUUCACACCGCCCCAGCUUGAGAUCUGCAUCUUUGCAAAUAAACAGCCAGUCGGUGACUCAAAUCAAUUUACUGCAGAAGUUCUCACUUUUGAAGUUAACUUCCCUCCUGGAGAAGUACACCCCUUCAAACAAACAUGGAUUCAGCUGGGCUGUACCAAAGUUUAUGAAACGGGUUAGAGUUCCAGACUAUAAGGACAAGAACGUUUUUGGUGUUCCGCUAACGAUCAAUGUACAAAGGUUUGGCCAGCCAUUGCCACAGUGCAUACAGCAAGGCAUGCGCUACCUGCGUAGUCAGUGCUUGGAUCAGGUGGGUCUGUUCCGAAAAUCAGGAGUCAAGUCUCGGAUCCUGGCACUGCGAGAGAUAAUUGAGAGCAAUGCUGAUGGCUCUUUAUAUGAGGGACAGUCUGCUUAUGAUGUGGCUGACAUGCUGAAGCAGUAUUUCAGGGAUCUACCUGAACCUCUACUCACCAACAAACUCUCUGAAACCUUUCUUCAAAUCUAUCAAUAUGUUCCAAAAGACCAGCGUCUCCAGGCAAUCAAGGCUGCCAUUAUGCUGUUGCCUGAUGAGAACAGGGAGGUUCUGCAGACUCUCUUGUACUUCCUGAGCGAUGUUUCUGCAGCUGUGGAUGAAAACCAGAUGACACCCACCAAUCUGGCUGUAUGUUUGGCUCCUUCUCUGUUCCACCUCAAUACCCUAAAGAGAGAGAACUCCUCUCCUAGGGUCAUGCAGAGGAAACAAAGCUUGGGGAAACCUGAUCAGAAAGACCUGAAUGAAAACCUUGCUGCCACCCAAGGCCUGGCACAUAUGAUUGCAGAGUGCAAGAAACUUUUUCAGAUUCCUGAAGAAAUGAGCAAGUGUCGUAAUUCAUACAUGGAACAGGACCUCAGGCCAGUGUGCCUGGAUGAGCUGGUCAAUGGGAAUAACGAGGGGCUCUGUGACUAUAAGGCUUUCCUUCAGGAGGGCAUUGAUAGUUUGCUGAAAGAAGCCAAGGACAAGUUCAAAGGCUGGGUCAGCUGCUCCACAUCAGAACAGGCUGACCUUGCCUACAAAAAAUUCCCUGAUGGCCCUCCCCUUCGGCUGUGGAAAAGUACGAUCGAGAUUGCAGCUCAGCCGGAGGAUGUCCUUCAGCGCCUACUGAGGGAGCAGCAUCUAUGGGACGAGGAUCUGUUGGACUCAAAAGUUGUAGAGACCUUAGAUGAGCACACCGACAUUUAUCAAUAUGUACAGAACAACAUGGCUCCUCAUCCAGCUAGAGACUUUGUUGUUUUAAGAUCAUGGAGAAGCAAUUUACCAAAAGGAGCCUGCAUACUACAGCUUAUAUCAGUCGACCAUGAACAAGCUCCUUUACUUGGAGUAAGAGUCAAUGUACUUCAGUCCAAAUACCUCAUUGAGCCUUGUGGCACGGGAAAAUCCAAGCUUACCUACCUGUGCAGAGCGGAUCUGAGGGGCCACAUGCCAGAAUGGUACAAUAAAGUUUUUGGACAGUUAUGUGCUGCAGAGGUAGUUAGGAUUCGAGACUCCUUUAUCAAUCCACAACCAGAAAGCAAUAACGGGAAGUCAAGGUGACAUCGCACAAUUGUCUCGACAAGGUUCCCAAGAAAGUGAAAUGAAAGAUGUCGGGGCAAAAUGGAAGAUCCCAGACUUAUGAAAGUUGCUUGGAAAAAAAGUCAAAUCCAAGAAAUGAAGCUGCUUUUGUCUUUUAUGGUGCUUAGUGCCAUGGACUAGAAUUCAUCAGCCUUUAGGCUUCCAUCGUAUAUCAUCCUAUAUGUGUUAGUACAUAUCAAUUGACUGCUUCUGAGAAGCAAGAGGAUUUUAUUGGAAAGUAUGUAUUGUUAAAAUAAUGCCACAUUCCUAUAUGCAGUUAUCUUGUAUAUUGUCGUUGUGUUAAUUAUUAAGCAUACUGAGGGACUGGUGUAUCCACUGGAAUAAUUGGUACUUACGCUUAUUUGCAUAUCUAUAAACUUUUUAUGUUCAGAAGAGAAAUAUUUGCACAGUGAACAUGUGUGAAUGUGUGUCCCCCUUGUGAAUUGAGUCCAGUCAUCUAGUGUCUGGUACACUGAUGGAUUACUUGUAAUGGUUUUAAUCUCAGGUUUCGUUGUAAUGGUUAGAGUUAUGAAAGUGGUCAAACUAAUCCUUUCUGUAUGACACAAGUCUGAUGCACAUUUGCUAAUUGCUGUUUUAAAUUUCAUCUCGGGUUCCCUUGCCUGAGCCGUCUUGCUGUUCCAUAUUAGGACUGUGAACGCUCUUUAAAUUGCAUAUACCAAAUAACUUGAACUGACUUUUUUAUUUUUUCAUUGCACAAUAAACCCAUACUUUCCAACAUUUAAACUAAGUGGAACCAUGCUUACCUUGGGUUUAUUAACUUAGUUAAUGAAGUAACGCAGAGUGCAGUUAUCCACAGAAGCCAUUUAGUAUAUAUAAUUUAAGUCUUCUGAUAGGAAUCUGAAAUCUUAUUGUUUGCCAAGUGUCACUGGGCUCUACACAUUAUUAUUAUUAUUAUUGCUUUAGCACACUUUUUAUAUUUGAAUAGGCAGCCAGCCUCCAUGCAAUUCCAUAUUUAAUUAGCCUGAAUUAUUUAUCUCUGGCCAUUUAGGAACACAGUUCAUCUUUCUUGGCAUCCAGGAAGUGAAAGAUCUAUGGUUUCUUAGCAACAUUCUCAACUAUGUGUUGUAAAACCCAAGUUCCUGGUGGCACUCGGGUGUCUAUGGUUUCACUGAAGCCUGUUUAACUGAUCCGAGGUUCUGGUAUUGGUUUUAACUUACAAAACCCCCAUGCUGACUUAGGACACUUAGACAUAAGUCUAACUCCUACCAAACCUUAGUUUUAAUAGUAUGUGUCCCCAUUGAGGAGCUGCCUCUUCACAUCUUGACAGGUGUCCCAACAAAUGGGAGUAAGUCUCUCUAAGCCUUGGUUCACACUGCUGCGACUUGAGAUCUGACUUGUGAGACCCCAAGUCGUAUGACGUGAAAUCCGCUGUUGAUCAAUGAGAGAUGUCUUAAUUGGCACUACUGAAGUCACUUUAGAAAAAGUUUCUGUACUACUUCAAGGCGAUUUCCAUCCGCCCCUGUGCCCAUUGACUUCAAUGGAAGUUGGAUUCUCAUCUAUAUUGAUGUGAUUUGGAUCUGACGUUACAGGAUGAUUUCCCAGGCAUUCCCUGAACGUCACAUUAAAGUAGUACUCGAGUCACCUGUCAGUCGCACCAUGAAUUUCAGGUCACAUAAGUUCCGAACCUUGAAGAGACACGGGCUGCAAUAACAAGUUGAGAGGUUUAAAAAAAAAAUGUUUUUUUUUUUUAGCAAAGCAGAGAACCAUAAAUUGUGAACUAGUCCAUUUAUUGUUUUUUGUAUCCCCAUGUGGGAGAUUUUCUUUCCCUUACUGUCCUGACUGCUGUAAAAGGAAAAAAAAAUCCCCAGAGUGGGAUUUAAAGAAGGAAUUGCAGCACUUUUAAAAAUCUGCUGGCUUAUAAGGGGUUAAGUCCACCAAGAUGUAUGCUACCUUAUGGUCUGAUCUCUUUUAAUAAUUUAAAUUUUCUACCGAGCGUCAGGUGUACAGCUGUUGCUAUGCUCCCGAUGCUCUGACAGGAAAGAUGUGGCUGCUGUGAGACUGCCUGCCCUUCUGCUUAUUAUUCACAGAAUACUUUGAAGAGGAGGGGCAAGAAGCUGCAGUUGACAAUGUAGCUGCUGUAAAGGACCAGUGUUGGAAUGCUAAAAGUGGAACUAUAGCUGUUCUCCUGGCGCUCAGUAAUAAUGUAAGAUGCAAAUAAAAGAGAGACGUCCACGAGGUGACAUACGCCUUCUUAGACUUGAUGCAUUAUAAGCCAGCAACGUGGAAGUGUGUCAAAUCCUAGAAUUUUGAUUUAAAAUUGAACAGCUUACACUGUUCCAUGUGCAUUAUCAACAGAUAUGCAUUUCCACAUGCUGCUAUUGUCCUCAAUAGGUGUAUGGGCAAUACACAUCACCAAAGUAGGUCUAUGUGACUGAACACCAUUUAAAACUAUGGCUUAAAUGGGUACAUACAUUGGCAAGUGUUAAAAUGCAUACAUGUGAAUAGGUCAGUUACAUUUUUGCAUGGAUGUUGGCAAGUAUGGGUAAAGCAUAAGAAAAAGCUCAUUAUCUAUUUGUAUGAGGUAAACGUUUUUUUGUGCUAAAAUUGGGCUCAACAAGGCAAAGGUUUAUUCAGAAUAGAGUUGGACAUGUCCCGGAGUAAGGUAGGCAAUACCCAAGAUACAUUUUGGCGACCUUUUAAAUAUUUGUAAGCCUUUUCUAUAGCUGUAGUUUGUCAGUAGGAGCACAUGAUAUUCCCUAGUUCAUCAUAAAUGCCUAUUGGCCUUCAGAUAGGCCAUGCUGGCUUGUGAGUGCUAUACUCCUUUCUUAUCUCCAAUUUUAGAUACUUUUAUGGGGUUGCUUGUGUUAAUAGCGGCUGUAGUUGCUAAUCUGAAAUAUAACUUUUAACGUGCAGCAAAUACUGGGGUAGCGGAGGGCUAAAUGAAGUGGUGGGAGGAGGCUCUGGAUGUGGGAGGAGCCACUGAGCUAAAUUGUACAGGUAGAAGAGGAAUGUUGAAACUUUAAGGUUAUUUAAUUGUAUGAAGACUGAACAGAGAACCUUGGUGAAUGAAAGUUGUUGCAAGACGUGUUUUUACCGUUGUCAGUAUUAAUUGAAAUGCUUUUUAAUGAAGAAUUUUGUUUUAUGUAAUGAGCAAAAUAAUAGUGUUUUCAUUAUCAGUGUUUCUAUAUAUAUAUAAUAAAUAUCUAAACCUUGUAUAGGCCUUGUAAUAUUUUUGACUGUAUAAAAGCCUCACUGUACAUACCACUUUAAUGUUAUGUGUAAUGUUCAUUAUAGUAAAUGCAUGGCAAACGUAAUUAUUUAAGAUAUACAUGUAUUUAUACCUCAAAUAUGUUUCAUUUUUGUACCUGGAUACAUUCCCUCAAUUUUAAAUAUGCUAAACAUGGUAAACAUUAAAGUGAAAGAGCAUAGAGAAUAGAUUUAUAUCUUGAUGCAUAUGUCUUUAUAAAAUAUAGCCAAAUGCACUAUUAAAUGUCUCAAAAGAA